GGGCAGGUCACGUGGGCUUGAGUAGCUACUUGCUUGGCGUCUGGGGCACAAAACAGCACCGCUUACUGGCACUUGGAGCAAGAACAACAAGCAGCAGCAGCAGCGGCGAAUUGCGCUCUUAUGUGGACGACAGAAAUGUAAGCGAGCUGUAAAGAGCGUGUUUGGUAGUAUUUGAGGGGCAUUUUGACGAAAACGGAAUGAGACGGUGGCGAGCCAGCUAGCCGCUAGCCGUGCUUUGAUUGAACACAGGACGGGUGACCGUGCCAUGAUCCCGCAAAGGUGUACGAGCCGCGGAGCUGGGCGACGCGAUGACGUCACUUUCGCCACCGCCUGCACCUGAGAUAAACUAUAUAUAUAUAUAUUUUUGUUUUGUUUGUUUUAAAAAAAGCAGGACGAUUCAUGUUUCGCGUUUUCCGCAAAUGAUGUCGGCGAAUUCCACUUUGCGUCCAGUAUGAAGGAAAGCCGAGCCGGUUGGUGAAAAGGUGUGACGUAAGCACCGCGCCCCCUUCCGGUAGGAGGGCCAAGCAUGUCGCUGUCGGCGGCCCCCCAGGGCGCACAGCUGCUCGCCAAACUCGCCAAGCACGCAGCCGGGAGGGCACACAUCCAGCUCAACCGCUGGCUGCACAGGAGCGGCGGCGGAGACGAGUCCGACAAGAUGGACCUGCUGGCGUGCGUGGGGGACACGGACGGUGACCCCGAGGCGGCGGGCGAGGUCGGCGUCGAGUCGCGGCACCCGUGCUUUGUCACCCCCUUCUGCCUGAAAAGUGCCCUCCUGGCGUGCAUGCUCGCCGGCCUGUGCUUCUCCUCGGUGGCGCUGGUCCGCCAGCACCUCAAGGACCUCCUGCUGUGGACCGAGGGCCUGGACAGCCUGGCGGGGGCGCUGCUCUUCGUGGUGGGCUUCAUCGGAGUGUCCUUCCCGUGCGGCUGGGGCUACAUCCUGCUCAACGUGGCGGCCGGCUACCUGUACGGCUUCGUGCCGGGCGUGGGGCUGGUCAUGGUGGGCGUCCUCGUCGGCACUUUCGUGGCGCACCUGGUGUGCAAGCGGCUGCUGACGGACUGGGUGCUGCGCAAGGUGGGCGGCAGCGAGCGGCUGAGCGCCGUCAUCCGCGUGGUGGAGGGGGGCAGCGGACUCAAAGUUGUGGCCUUAGCGAGACUCACCCCCAUUCCCUUUGGACUCCAAAAUGCCGUUUUCUCCAUCACAGACGUGUCCUUGCCAAACUACCUGGUGGCGUCCUCGGUGGGCCUGCUGCCCACCCAGCUGCUCAACUCCUACCUGGGCAGCACGCUGCGCACCAUGGAGGACGUCAUCGCCGAGCAGAGCGUCAGCGGCUACUUCGUCUUCGGUCUGCAGAUCGUGAUCAGCAUCGGCCUGAUGUUCUACGUGGUGCACCGCGCUCAGGUGGAGCUCAACGCCGCCAUCGCCGCCUGCCAGAUGGAGUUACGAUCGUCGCGCAUGAACGGCUUGUCUUCGUCGUCCUACUCCUCGUCGUCGUCCGCCGCCGCCGCCGCCAACCACGACGGAUUCACGUACUGCGGCAAGCGGACGGCGGCCAUCGUCAACGUGGUGUGACCUUGGGCGCCGCCAACACGGACCAAUAGCGUUGGACUUUGCCCCCGCAGGAAGAAAUGGUACGUUAAAUAUUAUUUUUGGGGGAUUCAAGAUGAAGGGACCCUAAGAGAUGUCAAUGAAAUAACACGUUGAAUGUUGUUUUUAGUGUCAAACGAAUGGCCACCUAUGCACCUUCUUUCCUACGACGUCGGGUUCGCUUUGUGUCGUCACCGUGAAACAAAAUGUAAUAAUAAUGUUAAUAUUAAUAAUAAUGACACUAAUAAUAAGGGCAUUGUUCAUAUUUUGGUAUUUUGUAAUUGAAUCCAUUUUAGUUACAUGUCUUACUUUUGGGAUGGUGACUCUCUCCGAUUGGUUCAGACAGAAAACUCAGGAAUGUUGGAAAUGUGCAAAGAGAAACCUUUCCGGUCAAUUAACGUUAAAAACGUGGAUUUAAUUUCACGUGGUUAAUUUCUACGAUGAGAUUCAUGUCCUUUUUUUUAAAAAAAAAUUUUAACGUAAGAGUGCGGUUCAUCCCCGAAUGUUGGCGAGAAUGUCGGAAACGAAACUAAAAAUACACAAUGAAGCGUAGAGGAGCUUUUGAUGUUUUUUACGUUCCAUUAUUUCCUUGUUUAGUUCUUUUAUAAAUAACAUCAAGCGACUGGAAACUUGGAAGGCGUGUUAGUGCCAUCAUGAAAUUAUACGAGAAUAAAGUCGUAGGACAUAGUUGUGAAUGAGAGAAUAAAGUCAUAUAACUUUGUGUGUGGGGGGGCAAAUUUAGAAAUUUAUGAUGAAAAAAAGUUCCAUGACAAGAAUUUUGAAAGUUGUAAAUUUAGGUGAGAGAUUUCUGAGUCUUAGCUACUGUACACCAGCAUUGCUACGUGGUCAUACAUUUACGAAGACGAGUUGUAAUAUUACACGAAUAAAGUCAAAAGUCCUAAUAUUAGGAGAAUAACGUUGUAAACUUACAAGAGCAAAGUUUGUAAAAUCCUGAGAAUAAAGUUAGAAAUUGGGUGAAAAAAGUCGUCAUAAUUUGUCAUUUUAUGACACUCAUUUAGGGGCCUAGCUAAACUGAAUUAGUACCAGAAUAAAUAUGUAAGUUUACAUGUUAUGAAGUUGUGAAUAUUACGAGAGGAAGUUAUGAAUUUAACCGGACAAAAGUCAUUAUUUCCGACGAUUAAAUUGUAAUUUGACGUGAAAAAUUUUAUACUCCGAAUUGUCGUUUUAUGAAACAAUUGUAUGGGCCUAGCUAAACUGCAAUAUUAUUAUUCCUAUUAUAUAUAUAUAGUGUAAUUAAAAAAAGAUAGUGCCAGAAUAAAGUUGUCAAUUCACAAGGACAGGUUCAUUACAAAAAUAAAUGUUCACGUUGACAAAGUUGAAGUAUUGUGAGGAUAUCGUAAAUGUAUGCGCGGGGAAAGAAAUCCCAUUGAAUUGCGAUCAUAGCUUAAAGCUACAUUGGGGAAAAAAAAUCGUAGAAUUUUGAGAAGAAAGUUUAUACAAACGUUGACUUUUUAAUUAGAGAAAAAAAAUGACUUUAAUCUCCAAAUCCCAAUGAAUUCUGUGACAUUUGUGUUCUUUUUAAGUUCAAUUUCAGUUGCACCCUAAUAUUGCUUCUUUGGAAAAAAAAUACUGGACACUAGUUUGCACUUACCUGAAAAACUACAUCUUUUGUUUUAUUUUAUUUUUGUGGUACUUUCCUGACGACAAGCUGACAAUCAACAUGGACAAAAAAAGAAACGAUGAAUGUGCAAAUAAGCUUUUUUUUUUUAAUUAUUAUUUUUUAAUUGAGUAUUUUGUCUGUGUUGUGGAAGACACACAAGGGCUCCUACAUGAGAUAUCCAUCUUUUACUUUUGUGCUUUUUAUUUAUUUGAUUGCUGGCUGGUUGAAGGGGGCCCCUUUCGGUCUUGACUUUAGCAAUAAAAUUUGCUUAGCCCAAUGCAAAAAAAAAAAAACCAUAACAUUAAUUUGAUAAUGCGAAUUAGAGAGGGCGCCCACAUUCCCGAUUUUGCGUUACAGCGUUUGCCUUGUUUGCAUCCUGCCGCCUCAUGAAUAUUAAUGAGCUGCGUGAUGUCGCAACAAUUUGUGAGCAGCACACACUAAAUAUAAAAAGAAAACAAAAUGUAUUAAUGACUUUUUUUUUUUUUUUUAUUGACAAGUGCAGACUAUUUGCCGAUGUGUGAUUUUUGGUAGUAUUUACGCAAAAAAAACUUUUGGAGCUGGGUGAAAGCGAUGAAAUUAGUGAUGCAAAGGGAAGUCGACGCUUCCGUGGUCGGUAUUAAGUGCAUUACUGUACACACAUGCUGUAUUUUCUUAUACACAGACAAUUUAACAGUGCAUAUAUAUAUAUGUAUAUAUAUAUACAUACACACACACAGUACAGCGCAAACAUACGCGGAUAUUUAUGAACUGCGUGAUGCUUUGUUCAGUGUUAUUUAUGAGACCGACAGAGAGAUUAAAAUGGCUUUUAUGACA